CCACGAAUGUCAUGGCUCUUACUUAGACAAUUCCCCAUGAAGAAGCAGCAAUUCAUACCGGUCGUCGUCGAGUUAACUCAGAAACUCAGUAAACCCAUUUUUUAUAUUCUACUGGCAUUCGCCACCGUCAAGGUAUCUCAUUCUCUUUAUCGCUACUUGCAUAAUCCUACAAUGGCAUCGUCUUCUUUAACCUCAACUGCAACUGAUGCUGAAAGUCUCCGGCGAAACCGAAUUCUCUCCAGCAAGCUCUACUUCGAUGUUCCUCCCUCCAAGGUCCCAAUAAUUUACUCGCCCGCCUACAAUAUUUCGUUUCUUGGAUUGGAGAAGCUGCACCCAUUUGAUUCUUCCAAAUGGGGUAGCAUAUGCCGCUUCCUCAAUUUGAGUGGUGUUUUGGACAAAACUCGGAUUGUUGAGCCAAUUAAAGCUUCAAAAGAGGAUCUCCUUGUGGUGCACACAGAAUCAUAUCUGGAUAGUCUAAAGAGCAGUCUACAUGUUGCCAUGAUAUUAGAGGUCCCUCCUGUUGCACUACUUCCCAAUUGUCUUCUGCAGAUGAAGGUUCUUAAUCCAUUCCGCAAGCAGGUGGGUGGGACCAUAUUGGCAGGCAAGCUUGCAAGAGAGCGGGGAUGGGCUAUCAAUAUUGGAGGAGGGUUCCAUCACAGUUCUGCUAAUAAAGGAGGUGGAUUUUGUGCUUAUGCAGACAUUUCUCUUUGCAUACAUUAUGCCUUCGUUAAGUUAAAUAUAUCAAGGGUCAUGAUAAUUGAUCUUGAUGUUCAUCAAGGAAAUGGUCACGAAAAGGACUUUUCUGAUGACAGGCGAGUUUAUAUUCUGGACAUGUACAACCCGGGAAUAUAUCCAUUUGAUCAUGGGGCGAGGAAGCGCAUAGAUCAGAAGGUUGAAGUAGUGACUGGGACAACGACAGAUGAGUACCUAAAGAAAUUAGACGAUGCACUUGAGGUUGCUGGACGUAUGUUUGAUCCUGAGUUAGUGGUUUACAAUGCUGGUACUGAUGUCUUGGAUGGGGAUCCACUGGGCGAGAUAAAGAUUAGUCCUGAGGGGAUCGCUGCUAGAGAUGAGAAGGUUUUCAGAUUUGCUCGCUCGAGAAACAUUCCUAUUGUCAUGCUCACAUCAGGUGGCUAUAUGAAGUCCAGUGCCAGAGUUAUAGCAGAUUCGGUGAUAAAUCUCUCAAGAAAAGGCCUUAUAGAUACUGGAAGUCCCCAGUAAAGCCAUAAAUGCCAUUAAAGGUCAUUUCCCUUUGCCUUAUGGAUCAUAUUCAUACAAGGAAAUGCUUCGUAUUUGCUUUCUUAAUAAAACUAUGUGUAUUUAUAAUAAGUAUCAAAUUUAGUACCAAUAAUGAUAUAUCAUCACGUGAUUUAGUGAUUUAAAAUUAAUAAUAAAAUAAUAUUUAAUCAUAUGAUAAUACAUUACUAAUUAUAACUACACAUAGUAUUUCCUUGUUUAAUUAUGGUAUAAAUCUGAAGCGAAUUUGUCUUAAACUUCUACAGUAAUUAUGUCUGUAUAUAGGGGGAUUUAACAGAGGCAAAGUAUGAAAGACACCACAGC